UUUGAUAAAGUUUGCUUUUUUCCGCCGCCUGACUGCGUUUGGAGGGGCCGCACGGCCUCAUAUCGCCGCUCUCCUUCCGCGGGGCUCUUAAAGAUGCUGAUGAACGAGCCGGCGGCCGCUUCGUGCAACGUUUAUCGACCCAAAGUCAGACGCGCCGGCGGAGAGAGGCUGCUGUGAGGCGGGCGGGGAGGACGAUGUAUCUGUGGCGUCUUUCCAUCGCCGUGAGCCUCGGCCUGGUUUGGUAUUUUUCUGACUGCGGUCGCGCUGUCACCCAGUACGCGAUAUGUUUCCUCCUCUGCGUGUCAACGCCGCUGCUGUUCGGACACAACGGGCGAGAGAGCAGCACCCAAACAGACCAAGAUACGAAACAACACCCGCUUCAGGAAUCCGUCGAGGAAGAAUCGUCUGAACGUGUGGAUGUGGGGAACCAGGCUCACACCUGUCAGUGUCCACACGUCAAGAAGUCUCUCCAGCAAGUGUUCGAGUGCGCCUACGCUCAGCUGGUUCUGCCUUGGUACGCCGUCCCCGAGCCCUGUGAGCAACAGCCUCUGCACAAGGUGCUCAGCAGGGAUUUCGACUUUGUAAUCGACCGCAUCAUUGAGAGAGCCAGGGACUUUGAUGUCUGCCAGGCCGUGGUGGGCUCCAUUAGGAUUUUGACACAGCACUUGCAUAAUGCAAAGCAGUCUGACCAGUCCCUCAGAGACCCCCUGUUCAGCUCUGCUGCCCUGGAGAUGGCGAUGCUCAGAGAGCUUUCCGACGCCCUGGUGCGCAACCUUUUCCCCCGAUCUUUCUGGGGGCCUGAAACCAACCAUUGUGCCUUAAAUGAGAUCAUUGCCUUAAAGGGUCUGGGCCUUAUGGUGAAUUGGCUGUCCGACCCCGACAACCUGAACCAGCUGGUGGUGAAUCAGCUCGACAUCGUUGCCCUGAAAAGCUCUACGGAGGAGCUGCGUGCAUCUGACCCAGAUCGUGCCUCUGUUGCUUCGCAGGAGGGCGAAGGCGACGGGGAAGGCAGUGAAGUGAGCUCACCGGGAGCAGAGAUUUCAGCUGGUAGUGGAUUUAUGUUGAAGAGGAGAGGCCACAGGUUAAGAGAAGGAUGGUCCAAAUUUGUGGACAAGAUGAAGUCCAAGAAAGCCAAGAAGAAGAAGAUAAAAAAGAUGGAGCAGGAGCUGGUCAUGAGGAUCAUCGCGAACCAGGGAGACGCUUCCAACGAGGGCGACGUCAGCAGCAGGGAGGGCUCGCUCUUCAGCCAGGAGGACUCCGAGCGGGAAGACAGCGAUCUGGACGACUAUCUGGCGAGCGUCCAGGAGGACAUGAUGGAGUUCAAGCUUUCUUAUGAGAUGUGGCGCGUUGGCUGCUGGGCUGUCAGCAUCCCUCAUGCCGAUUGGGAGGACGGCGUGCUAAUCUUUACGGUGCACUUGGAGGAGAAGGACAGCCCUGAGAAUUUACAGUGGGACAUCAAGAAGACUUACAUGGAUGUUGUUUAUUUCCGCAACAGAUGGCAGGACUCCACCAGCCUUCCCACCGUCCUUACUCUGGAAGAAUCUGAGGUCAACGAUAAGGUCAAAGAAGAAGCCACAGCGUCCGUGGAGCACUUCCUGCAGGAACUAGUUUCUGACAGUAUGAUCGGCCACACUCAGCCGGUUUUUCAGUUCCUGUGUCCGCUCGACAAACUGCUGAACGAGGAGGAGCAUAAUGGAGGCGUGUGGGGGAUUCUCAGUGGUUUGGCCUACUUCCUCACUCCUGGCCAAGAGGAAGAAGAGAACUCAAGCCCGCAGACAGAAGUCCCCAAAGAGCUCGCAGUGCCAUCACCACUUCCUGAAUCCUCCCCCCUGUCUGUCGAAAAUCAUUUUAAUUCAACGCCGAUCCAGAACGGGUCUCCGCUCCCAACGAUCGUCGUCUCCCAAUACAACUCGCCUCCCAAACACCCCGAGGAAGCAGAAGCUAACAAUCCACCCUCGGCUAAUGCAGACGCCCUGCUGAGCUGCUUUCAGGACAAACCCGAGGACUCGGAUGGCACCUUAACCUCUCACUUUAAAAUGAUCAUCAGGGGCCUGACCAGAUCCAGGUCACAGGAGUCUCUGUCCUCGGCGAAGGCCAGCGGGGACGAGGAGCAGCCUGAUGAAACGCAGCAGGCGGGCGCAGAGGAGCUGUCGCGUCUCAGCGGCUGCUCAAAGUCGAAUAAAAGGGAGAGGACGUGCUUCAGGAUGUCAGGCGGAGCGGGCAAGACGAAAGGAAAGGAGACAACGCAAGGCACUCUGCAGAGAGGGGAGGACGCUGCGUGUCAGAGAGGCCAAAUCAACUGGGAGCAGCUGGAGUCGACCAAAGCCAUAUUUGAUCUGCUGAAAGAAAUAUCAGGGAACUCCAUCCUCAUGAACAUUUUUGAUGCCAUAUUAAAACCCGUGAUGCCCAUAUUGAAGAAGAAGCUGAACACUUUCCUGAACAAGCUAAACCCAACGGAGGACCAGAUGGCCGCCUACAUCGACACUCUGCGCAGCAAGCUGUGGCCGGAGAUCCAGCAGGUCGCCGCUCCUCAUCCUCGCACGGACGAGGAGAAGAAGGAGACCAGAGAGCGAGCGCACGAUCUCCUCAACGCUCGAUAUUCAAGUUAUCUGGUUCUGAAGAAGACGGAUGUGGAGUCGGUUUUCAAUCUCUUCCAGAACAGAGAGGAGAACAAAACUCUGAUCUAUACGCUCCUUGCACUGCUGCUGAGGGUAUUUCUGCCCAACGAGAGCUCUCUACACAUAAGUGCUUGCAUCCUUCAGAAAGUGACCAACAACGCCAACUGAUCUGUGAAAACUGCCUUUAUUUUUAACGCGCAGUCAUUUCUUUUUAAAUAUUAAAGAUAUUUAUAAUUGCCUUCCAAUGUUUGGGACCACAUAUGUAUGAAUGUGAAAAAAGCCUUUUUUUCUUUUU